GCCGCACUAGUCGAAAUAACUCAUCCAGACUGAUGAACUUCCCGAUAUCUUUACACGUUCUCUGGCAUCUUUCAACCUUCGCUCCGCGUACAUCAAGGAAUCUCAUUAGCUACACUACAGGAUAUAUACACAGAGAAUUACACUUUCAUCACGAAUUAAAACGAAAGGGGUUAGAGCUAUCAAACUUCACCUACCGCCCGAAAGUCCUACGAAACUAUCACGCUUUUGCUCCUCGAAGAACAAAGCCCGAAAGCAAAAACCAAAUAAAAUAAAUUAGAAAAAUGACAACCCCCUCCUCCACGUCCCUCCCAGAUCCCACACACCGAAAGCGCGAACUACCCCAGAACGAACUCGAAGCGACCUCGCAGCUGAAACUGGGCGAAUUCCAAAACGUGCCGACGCUCUCGUUAUCGGAGGCGCGGUUGGUUAUCAACAAAGUGCUGGAUUUGAGGAGGAAGGGGGAUCAUAAGUUUGAGGAGAGGGAGACCCUAGUGAAAACGCAAGAUUACCUUGAGCUCUUCGCGCGGUUCAAGGAGAAGGAAAACAUCGAGGCUGUCGAACGCCUUCUGUCUGCGCACACUGAACUUGAGUUCUUCGAGCGAUCGCAACUUGGGAGUCUAUGCUGCAAUGAUGCCGAAGAAGCCAAAUCCCUGAUUCCCAGCAUCGGAAACAAAAUCUCCGACACCGAGCUCCAAGAACUCUUGGAUGAAUUGACGAAGCUGAGGAACUUCGUGGAGUGAGCAAGACUAGCGAAUGGGCGCUGCGUUUUUACUGUAUUAAAAGAAACGUGAAUGCUUAGAUCUCCCUCCUCUCGGCUUUUAUGCUCUCUCCCCUUGCAUGGAGCAAGAUGAGAAGACGGAGAGCGUGCAUACGCAUGCACAUGCGCAUAUGCCUGUGAUGGAUGGAAUGCAAAAUACAGUCGGAUUAACGUUUAUGAUGACCCCAUGAUGAAUAUAUAUGAUGGUGACUUGCGGCUGCAAGGAGUACCUAAUACGGAUGUGUUAUGUGUUUGUUCUCUUGGUGCAGUUGGUCAACCCGACUACCAGAUGGAUGGGAAGUGGGGUAUUUUAUCACACACCGUACUCUGCGCCGUAUCUGGCUUUACCGGUACCUAUAACCACGGCAACUAUUUGCUUUUUAUCCCGAAUACCGGCCCAGAGGUAGUACACAGAAAAAAGCCAUGGCGGACCAAACCUAUCGCCGAAUCUUUUAGCACGAUGCUUUGAUGGCUUACCUUGACGACGAGCACGGUCUUUCUACCCUCAAAAGGGGAAAAAAAUAAACAAAUAAAGGGCGCUAGUAUUUGGAUAGAAUUGCUGCCUAGUUUUGAACUUACACAUUUCCUCAUAGCUAGUUGACAGUUUAGAGCAAGUAAAUGGGAUGAAUGGCCUGAGAAAAAGUACGGAGUAGGUAGAGGUUAAUCAAGCAAUGGUAGACAGAUGAUUACAAAUGAAAUGAGGGUUUGCAAAACUUCCUUUUUUUCUCUCUUCUUUUUCCCUCUUUCUAAUUGUGCGGCAGCUCAGCUUGUAUCUCUUUACUAAAAGUAUAUGGAACAGGUGAAUCGCUAUUCGAGGAAAAAAAAUGAGGCGCUAAGUUGGGCUUCGAAUGGAGGUCUAGUAUAAAUACAAUUGUAGAAUUAUGGAAAAAAAAAAAAAAUUAAAUAAACAAACUGAGAACACACGAGUUACGCCAAAUGCCUGAAAUGCCAAACAAGUAAAAGAAGAAAAAGAUUAAAGAAGGG